AUGGAAAUCCCUGAAGAGAAGUAUGAGCUGACACCCGUGGAGAAUAAUGUUAAGCCAGCAAGGCGAAGGAAGACCAAGUCCCGUGUCUGGAACUACUUCACAGUCGAGAGCGUCAGCGCGGAGUGCAAAAGGGCGUUCUGCAACACCUGCAGGAGGAGCUUCGCUUACAGCACGGUACAAGAGAAUGGCAGCACGAAAGUAGCCGGUACUAGCCACCUCAAGCGCCAUCUCGAGAAGGGAACCUGUGGAGCCACAACAGGGCUCGAUAACAAUAACGAAGGGACUCGUCGGACCAGAGCCAAUAGUGCGUCUGGUGCAAGUACAGGGGUCAGCGAGUCGAGAAAGCGCCGCUACAGAUCUCCUGCCUACACGGCGGUGUUCAAUCCUGAUAUCUGCCGCCAUGACAUUGCUCGAAUGAUCAUCAUGCACGAUUACCCUCUUGACAUGGUCGAGCAUCCUGGGUUUCAAAGUUUCGUCCAGAGUCUUCAGCCACAGUUUGGUGCAGUCAGCUUCAAGACCAUCCAAGGAGAAUGCGUCGCAUCUUACUUGAGUGAGAAGCAAAAGGUGAUGAGGUUGAUCGAUGCGAUGCCAGGGCGAGUCUGCCUUUCUCUUGACAUGUACAUGUCGAGAAACAGCGUGGGUUAUGUGUUCAUAACGGGCCACUUCACCGACAGCAAUUGGAAGACCCAAAAGUUGAUUCUCAAUGUUGUCCUCGAACCAUAUCCUGAUUCACAUAAUGCCCUCAGCCAUGCCGUUGCUUGUUGUCUCUCCGACUGGAGGUUAGAAAGCAGGCUCUUUUCCCUCACAUUGAACCAUCCAGUGCCUGAAGCAGGGCUGGAGAAUCUCCGGUCUCAUCUAUGCGUCAAGAAUCCACUCAUACUCAACGGUCAGCUCUUGCUCGGGCAAUGCAUCUCUCAGACUUUCACCGCCAUGGUCAUUGACAUGCUGUCUGCGGGACGUGACAUCAUUAAGAAGAUCCGUGACAACAUGAAGUACGUCACCACUUCGCAGAACCACGUGGACAGGUUCGUUGAUCUCAAGCGGCAGCUUCAGGUCCCCGGCGAGGUACGUUUGUUCCUUGACGACCAGAGUCAGUGGAACACGACUUAUCAAAUGCUAGUUUCUGCCUCGGACCUAAAAGAAGUCUUCUCUUGCUUGGACACUGUUAUUCCUGAAUACAAACUAGCUCCGAACAUGGAAGAUUGGAAGCAGGUUGAAAGCAUCUGCACGUACUUGAAGCCUCUCUCCGAUGCAAUGAACUUGCUCGUCUCUUCCUCUUGCCCUCCUGCAAUCACACUGUUCCAGGAGGCGUUUAGCAUCCACGCUAAGAUUGCUUGUGCAGCAACCAGUGGCGAUCCGUUCGUCUGCAGCUUCAUCAAACCGAUGCAGGACAAGAUAGAGAAGUACUGGAAGGAAUGUGGGUUAGUUCUCGCGAUUUCUGUAGUCAUGGAUCCUCGCUUCAAAAUGAAGCUCGUGGAAUUCAGCUUCUCCAAACUCUUCGGAGAGGAGUCUCCUCUCUACGUUAAGAUGGUCGAUGAUGGGCUACACGAGCUGUUCGACGAAUACCUAACUCUUCCUCUACCACAAUCGCCAGCUUACAGUGUCAAUCAUGGGAACGUUGAUCGAGCGGACGAGCACCAGGGAGGGAAUCUUUCUGAAUACGGGCUGGCAGAUUUUGAUAUGUACAUCAUGGAGACGACAAGCCAGCAGUUGAAGUCGGAGAUGGACCAGUAUCUGGACGAGAACCUCGAGGGGCGGAGCUCCAAUUUCGACCUGCUGGAAUGGUGGAAACAGAAAAGGUCGAAGUACCCGACGCUGUCGAAGAUGGCGAGGGAUAUCUUGAGCAUACCUGUGUCGACUGCCUCGCCCGAAUUGGUGUACAGUACCAGGCCAAGGGAGCUGAGCCCGCAUGCAAGGUCAGAGACUCUGGAGGCGCUUGUGUGUACUAAGGAUUGGUUGCAGCAUGGGUUGCCGGAAGAUUUCGCAGGAUUAGACAGCUUGGCGGUGUCGGAUCUUUCGAAUCCUGCCUUGAAAAUAGAGUUCUAG